AUGCCUCAUUUGUGGCGUUUGUUGUGGCCGUGCUUCCGAGCAGACGGGAACACCCCAAGUCCCCACAUCCCACUACACCCCGGCCUGAGGCAGCAACAACUCGGAGCUCGAGAGCCCAGGAAGCUUCAAUCCGGCAACUGGACCGACUCAAUCGCUCAGCACAUUGCGACUCUCAACGACGCCUUGUCGGCCGCCAAGAUGUCGAACCCAACAACUCAGACGUAUCAGUGGCCGAGCAAGACAGUCAAGACUGACUAUCCGCUCAUCGAUAAUGACCCACACUUUAUGCGCGUAGUCCGGUACGCCCGUACGUCUGACUAUGUACACGGCGUCGCUGCUGGCGUGGCUGGCCCCGGUCUGCUCUACGCCAUGGAGAGGUUCGCCCCAUCGCAGGUCGGCAAGGGCGGCUUUGCCCAGGCCAUGCGCCUAGCUGGCUUUAUCGGCCUUACUGGCGGCUUUCUCUACUACUACCAGCGCUCCAUCCUCCGGUUCUACGGCAUGAGCGAGAACGCCCGGGAGGUUCAGAUGGACAUGCGCGAGAUGGUCGACAAAGUCAAGGCCGGCGAGCCUCUCUACGGCGAGAGCAAGCUGACCCCCGCCAUGCAGGGUGUUGCUGCCCGCCAGUCGAGGUACUCGGCUCUAUUUUUCGGCGUCCUUCCCUGGUUCAACUUUGUGAACCACAGCCAGCACGGCGUCGACACGGCCAAAUACUACCAGCAGGCAGAGCGGGAACUAGAGGCUGAGCGCCUGGCCAAGGGCUCAUCAUGA